ACCAGGUCUUCUGGAUCCGUCGCGAACCUAUGUGAGCCCCUCUUCACCACCACAACAAUAUCAACAGCAACAACAACAACCGCAACACCCACUACAACGGUCGGAACAGCCACGAAGACAAUCAAAGUGGACCAAUCCUCAUGGCAACAAUGACGACGAAGAACAACAGAGUCAUGAGCCGUCUUACAAUCAACCACGCAGUCGAGGAAGAGGAGCAAGUGGCGAGUCCGGCGCAUCCCGGAUGAUCCGCCAAGCAUUGCACUCGCAUAACGAGGACGACAGUGGCGACGAUGCGGACCCAGGAUGCUGCAAGAAAUGGUGCAAGUGCUUAUUCCUGGCUAUCCUAAUAUGGCUAGUCAUACUGAAAUACAGCGAUACCAUCCGCUUCACUCCACCAUCGCCGGAUCUGUCGUGCCAUGCAAGCGUUACUUGGGACGAUAUGCCAGAAACGAUCAAUGUUGAAAAGGAUGUGUGGAUCUCGGUGGAAGGGCAUGUUUCAAGUGGGUCCGUCAUUGUGCACAGCAUGGCAGACAGUGGCCAAGAAGGUUCGAUCCAGACUCAAAUCCAUGUGACCCCAUCCCUUGUCGAGGAGUUGUCGUAUGAGCUGCAUGAUGGCCGACAAACGCAAUUAACGAUCCGUCUGCCCCAACAAGGCGACCACUGCGUCCAAGUGGAUAUGGAGAUUUACCUACCGGACAAAGCCGAACAACUACGCCUCUCGAUCAACAAUGUACCCAUCAAGGUGAUGGACCCACAGUCUCACAUGGACUUGACAGAUCUCAGGACCACCAAUGCGCCCAUCGACUUGAGCAACGCGUGGGAAGGUAAACGUUUGACGCUACAAACUGCCAAUGCAGAUAUCCACAUGUCUUCGGGCGACAUUGAGGCGCGCGAUACUGUCCACUUGGAGACAGCCAAUGGUGCAAUUCAUGCAGCGAAUAUCUUGUCCAAGCAUUACAUUGAUUUGAUCAAUGCCAACGGCGUCGUUCAAGCAGAUCUGCUUCAGGGCGAUGACAGGGUCCACGUGGAAACAACCAACGCAGAGGUUCGUAUCGACAAGGUGUCAUCUGACAAGGCAUCCAUCAUUUCGUCCAAUGGAUGGAUCCAAGUGAACCAUGCGGUGGCGCAAGAUUCGCUGGUUGCAAAGACGUCGAAUGCUCCGAUCGAUAUUCACGUCGAACAGGUCAAGAACGGACAUACACAGCUUACCACGGGCAAUUCACCAGUGACGGUUCAUAUGACAAGAGAAUAUGAGGGCAGCAUCACAUUCACGACAUCCAAAGAUAAUGCGGUCAACGUACAUGACGCGCCAGAGAAUUUCGAUUACGAUCGAAACGAAUCAUACGAAAAGCGGGGCAUGCGUUUGAGCGGAAAUGGCGAAUUGAGCGUAAUGACGACAAACGCCGAUGCAGAUAUUUUCUUUGACAUUUAAAAGAAAAAGGGCAGAAAAAAAAAUAAAACAAAAGAUUAAGAAAGAAACAAAUAGUACAGUAGUAAGGGCGCGGAACUUUACAUUAUAUAAAAUAUCUUAAAUAUAUACAAAG